AUGGAUUUCUCAUUCCAUUCGCAUCAUUUCGAUAGGGUGCAGAUUUCAGACCAAGAUUCCAGGCCUGAUCUCCCGUCACACCCAGAACCGACUCAGAGCACUGGUAAUUUUGCAAUGAAUGCCCCGGCCUUCCAAAUUAGUGUACCUAACUGGGCGAGCUGGAGAUCUCACCCAGCUUUCAUACAUGCUCCCCAGCAUGAAGGUUACAUUUACCCUCGCAUUGCUGAUGCCGACUACGGCUUGGGUCCGUUGCCUCAGGAGCUCAUCGGGGACCCAAAUGCGUGUCUUGAUCCUUACUCCACGAAUAUCACCCCCACCACGGCUGGCACAUCCUUGGAUGUAUUGGCCCCUCAGAAAGGAGAGAGCCAGUCAGAUUGGUCAAUAUUGCAGCCCUCUCAUGUCUUCAAAGACCAGCCAUACAACUAUCCUCAGGUGGAACCUCUUCAGCCUCCUCCAGACUUCCCGCCGUCGCCUCUUUCUGAAGUCUCCUCCUAUCAAUCUCCGCAAUCGCUCAUUGCUUCGAGUCCUGCUAUGACAAGCCAUGCAGGAGACCGCCUUUCGCCACGUUCAAGCACUGGUGACAAUAAAGAGGAGCGUCCUGGACACCCCCCAUACUCCGUUCUCAUCUAUCAGGCCUUGAAGGAUGCCCCCGGGCACAAGCUUCAACUCCAAAGCAUUUACUCCUGGUUUGAAGCGAAUACAGACAAGGGAGCAGACCCGAAUGCAAAGGGAUGGCAGAACAGUAUUCGCCAUAAUCUCUCAAUGAACGCGGGAUUCGAAGCCGUGAAGGAAGAGCUUGGACCGGGUAAAAAAGCAGUGAACUUCUGGAGACUGACACCUGAAACCAUCCACAGCGGUGGUAUCCAAUCAACUACCCGCUACCGCAAGCUCCAACACCAAAAGAAAGCAACAAACUCAGGUCAUCGUGGGUCCACACGUCAGCCCUCGGAGUCCAAGAGGGUCCACGCCACAAAAGUUGUCAAAUCACACGGCACGAACAGUACUCAUAGCGAGAAUGAAGCACAUCAGCAGCAAACCACAAGCAACAACCCUAGCAUGGGACAUGAAUACGGCAAUGCGAGCUUUCCAAUGACACAGACAUACAUGCAACACCCCAUGGGUCCUGUUAUUGGAUGCACCCCCAUGUUACCAGGCAACAAUACGGUCUUCAGCGAUACCGCGGAACCAGGGUCAGCAUUUGACGUGGGCCAUAACCAUGAUUGGUAUGCUCCAGAGUCAGGCUCCAACAGGGUCCAUGACCCAUUCGAAGGUCCCAGUCAAUCGGCAUGGGAUUGGAAAAAAGAAAAUUAA